AUGUGGGUGUCUCAUAUCAGCGGUCUGUACGUGGUCAAGAAUGCGGGUCGCCGGCCCACCCUCAUCAUCGGCGCCCUGUGGAUGAUGAUGUGUUUCCUGGUCUACGCCUUCGUCGGCCACUUCUUCCUCGACAGCACCAACCCAAUGAGUCGGGAGAGGGAAGGGUAG